AUGCAUAUCGAAACAUGGAACAUGUACUUUCCAGAGGAAGAGUUCACUGCAUUCAACGAGCUUGUACAGGUAAUACUUGAGAUAAAAAAACGGCUAACAUCCAUUUUGGCGGAGACCGGGUUAGACGAUAUUCUGGAAACCAGAACCUAUCAUAUAUCCAAGCAACGCCUUGAAAAUCUUGUUGAAAAAAGAUUCCUAGAUACAAAUGCUGGGAACCUACUCUUGUGUGUAUCAUGUGCUAUUUCCGAACAUCUGUAUGAUAAUGGACAUCUAUCAGUGAAGAUAAGCACUAGAGUUGAGACAUUGCACAGUGAAGGAAACUUUGGAGAUAUUGAUAGAGUUAAUCUAGGGAAGCUUGUUUUCAUGACAGGCGCUGUCUGCAGAGUAGGGUUCAAAAGGGUAGUCAGUACAAAAAUGUUCUUUGAAUGUUCAAAGUGUGGGGAUGUGGUGUGUGUGGAUGUUAAGAACAAUAUAUACAGGGUGCCUGGGGCAUGUAAAGGCUCCUGCAACUCAAGAAGCUUUGUCCUUAUGCGGAACCAUCCAGAGAUGGAGUGUAAGGACAUCCAAGAAAUAAAGAUACAGGAAAUUUAUGGUGGAUCGGGAGAAGAUGGAAACAGGAUUCCAAGGACCGUGGAUUGCAUUCUUUACGACGAGUUUGUAGGAACUUUGGCACCAGGUGACAUUGUGCAGAUCACUGGGGUACUUGGAGUCGAGUUUGAGAACGACAAUCUCUACAAGCUAACGGUCCAUACAAAUAACAUGGAGAUAAUCAAAAACAAGAACUUCUUUGUAGAGAAUAUUGAGUAUCAAAGCAAGGACUUUGAUGAAUUUAAGAAGAUGGCUAAAGCAGAAAACAUUUUGGCCUCUCUUGUUCACUCACUUUAUUCUUCAAUAUAUGGAAAUGAGUUGAUAAAGAUAGGGCUGGUACUUUCCUUGUUUGGAGGAACCAGGAAAAGUGCAGGGCAGCAUGGAAUUAGAUCCGAAACGCAUGUCCUCAUAGUCGGAGAUCCAGGGCUUGGGAAGAGUAAGCUUCUACUGAGCACAUGUGGGAUUCUUCCGAAGAGUAGUUAUGUAAGUGGAAACUUCACUACCACAGCAGGACUGACGGUCUCUCUAACACACGACCCUAUUUCUGGGGAGUAUAUGGCCGAUGCCGGAGCACUUGUGGUGGCAGACAACGGAGUAUGCUGCUUGGAUGAGUUUGAUAAGAUAGAUGAUCAUGCAGCCUUGUUUGAAGCCAUGGAAGACCAAAGGGUAAGCAUAGCCAAGGGAGGGGUUAUCUGCAGUGUCCCAACAAGGUCUACUGUGAUAGCGGCAACCAAUCCAAGGAACGGACAUUUUGAUAGGAGCAAGUCAAUGGAAGAGAACAUAAGGUUUGAUCCUGGACUUCUAUCAAGAUUUGACCUUGUCUUUCUUCUUUUAGAUGACUUGUCUGAGAAAGAAUGUUAUAUGAUAUCUGGGCAAGUUCUAAAGAAAAGGCAAGCAUUGUCUCCAGGGAGGGGAAAUGGAUUUGAUAGUGUUGUAGAAACCAUUAGAAGAGAUGAUUUUAUUGAAAAGAUCAGAAAUGGAGGAUGUAUGUAUUCCAUGGAGAUAAUAAGGAAAUACAUUUCAUAUGCCCGUGCAAAUGUGUUUCCUGUCUUGAAUAGAUCGGCCAAGGAAGCCAUCAAGGAAUGGUAUGCUGAUAUGAGAAAGAAAGGUGGUGUUUCUACAAGAGACCUGGAAUCACUUAUCCGACUAACUGAGGCAAAGGCAAAGAUUGAGCUUCGAAGCAUAGCAACAAAGGCAGAUGCAGAGUUCUGUAUUGAGUUGUACAAGAGAACAUUCAUUUCCAAAGAAAAUAUGCCCAGAAACAAGAGGAGUAAGGACUUUUCUCAGGUGCUUAGGGAAUAUGUCAAGAGAAAGGGAGGAUGCUUGAUUAGUAGUGAGGAACUAUAUAGCUUAGUGUCGUCUUUUGGUUCCAGCAAGCCUGUCAAUGAAUUUGUAGAUGCACUUAAUCACAAUGGACUGAUUAUUAAGAAGGGAGCAAGUGUGUAUAAGAUAAUUGGAUGA